AUGAGCGCGGCGGGGCCGGGCGGCGGCCCCGGGCGGCGGCGGCGGGCGGGGGGCGGCGGGGCGAGCCCGGCGGGGCGGCCGCGGGCGGGGGGCGGGCGGCGGCGGCGGGCGCUGCGCUCGCUGGGCAGCCUGGCCGGGCGGCUGCUCCGCACCUGGGCGCGCCUGGCCGGGGGCCGCGGGGGUCGCCGCGCCGCCCCCGAGGAUGACGAGGGCGGGUUCCGGGGGGGGUCGCGGCGGCGGCUCGGCGGGGCGGCCCCGGCGGCGGCGGGGGGCGAUGCGGGGGGCGAUGCGGGAGCGGGCGGCGGGGAGCGGCCGCCGGGCGCGCAGGGGCUGCGGAACCACGGCAACACCUGCUUCAUGAACGCCGUGGUGCAGUGCCUGAGCAACACGGCGCCGCUGGCCGAGCGCCUGGCGCUUGGCCGGUACCGCGCCCGCGGAGCCCGCGCCGAGGUCACGCAGCGGCUGGCGGCCCUGGUCCGGGCGCUCUGGACCCGCGAGUACACCCCGCAGCUCUCCGCCGAGUUCAAGAACAUCGUCUCCAAGCACAGCUCGCAGUUCCGGGGCAGCGCUCAGCACGACGCGCUCGAGUUCCUGCUCUGGCUGCUGGACCGAAUGCACGAGGACCUGGGCGCCGCCUCCCCCGCCCAGCAGAGCCGCGGCCCCCCGCAGCCUGGCAAGGAUGGGAGCAGCGGUGCCAGCAGGUCCCCCCCAGGCACCCAGCCCCCCCGUGGGCAGAGCUUCGUGCAGAGCCACUUCCAGGCCCAGUACAGGUCCUCCCUGACGUGCCCUCACUGCCUGAAGCAGAGCAACACCUUCGACCCCUUCCUGUGCAUCUCCCUGCCCAUCCCGCUGCGCCAGACCAGGGCUCUGAAUGUCACGCUGGUGCUGCAGUGCGAGCGCUGGCGCUUCGUGCGCGUGGGCCUGGCCGUGCCGCUGCUGGGCACCGUGGCCGACCUGCGGGAGAUGGUGGCGCGGGAGGGCCGCGUCCCCGCGGAGCAGGUGAUCCUGGCCGAGGUGUCCCCGCGGGGCCUCCUGCGCUCGCUGUCCGACCCCGAGGCGCUGCGGGCGGCCGGCGAGGCCGCGCCCGUCUACGCCUUCCAGCCGCCGCCCGCCCGGCGCGCAGGGUGUCCCCGCAGCCUCCCCACGUCCCCCGCGGUGCCGCGGCCGGAGGGGCCGUGCCUGCUGCCCAGCGCCGCCCGCUCCUCCGACUGCCUGCACCGCGCGCCCAGUGGCCGCAUCCUGCUGCUGCUCUGCAACACGGCGGGCACGGGGCCGCAGCUCGCCAGGUUCGGGCCGCCGCUGGUGCUGCGGGAGGAGCGCGGCGUCUCCUGGGAGCAGCUCCAGCAGAACAUCCUGGCCCAGCUGAGGGGGGUCCUGCGGGGAGAGGUCCGGCCACAGGGCACGGGAGCCCUUUUCCGGAUCCGCCUGGCCGGGGGCUCGGCCCCCUGCACCUACCUGUCCCCUCAGGAUCCCCGUCCUCUCUGCCACCCUGCCAUUGACAGGGCCCUGCAGCUGUGCGGGGCCGGGGGCCCUCCCCACGUGAGGCUGACUGUGGAGUGGGACACGAGCACCAAAGAACGGCUGUUUGGGAGCAUCCAGGAGGAGGUGGUGCAGGACGCGGAGAGCGUGUGGCAGCAGCAGCAGGCGCACGGGCAGCAGCACAGCUGCACCCUGGAUGAGUGCUUCCAGCUCUACACCAAGGAGGAGCAGCUGGCCCCGGACGAUGCCUGGCGCUGCCCGCACUGCAAGGUGCCCCAGCAGGGCAUGGUGAAGCUCAGCCUGUGGACGCUGCCCGACAUCCUCAUCAUCCACCUGAAGCGCUUCCGGCAGGUGGCCGAGCAGCGGCACAAGCUCACCACGCUGGUGAGGUUCCCGCUGCGGGGGCUGGACAUGGCCCCGCACGUGGCACAGCGGGGCCAGCCCGGGGGGCAGCUCCUGGGGCGCUGGGCGCCCUGGCAGCCCCCCCUGCGCCCGCCCCCGGGCUGCCCCCGCGACCACCUGUACGACCUGUACGCCGUCUGCAACCACCACGGCAGCAUGCAGGGCGGCCACUACACCGCGUUCUGCUGCAACGCCCUGGACGGGCGCUGGUACAGCUUCGACGACAGCCGGGUGGAGUGGGUGCGCGAGGCGGAGGUGAGCACCCGCAGCGCCUACAUCCUGUUCUACCAGCGCCGCCGCGCCGCCGGCUCCGGCACGGGCUCCGCCGCCGCCGCGGGGCACUGGGUGUUCCGCCUGGCCGCCUCCGAGCCCCGCGCCGACCCCCGCACUGACGCCGACCCCUCGGGCUCCGUCGCGGCCCCGGAGAACGGUGAGGCUCGGGAUGCUCGGCCCCCGGCCCCCGCCGCGCCCCCCGCCCGCCCUGACCGCGGUUUCCCCGCAGGCGGGUUCGAGGCGCGGCCCGCGGUGCGGGGGCUGCAGGGGCUGCACGGCCGCAGCCUCAGCGUCCGGACCGCCCCCGCCGGACCCCCGGGACAGGGGGAGCCGGGCCCCCCCCGCGCCCCCCGCCGGCUCCGCCGGGCCGCCAGCGCCGAGGGGACCCCGCGCCGGCCGCCCCCGGGCUCCGGCAGCCCCGGGACCGCGGGGCACCAGGGGGACGUGGGUGUCCCCCCGGGCCGCUGCCCCCCCGGCCCCUCGGCGCUGGGGCGGUCGCGGAGCUCGGCCAGCCUGCCCCCCCGGCCCGAGGCGGGGCUGCGCAGAUCCGCCUCGCUGGGCAGGGGCCCGGCGGGGCCGCCCCUGGCCGCCCGCUGUCCCCCCGGGGCCACCCUGCAGCGGGGCCGGCAGCCCCCCGGGCCCCUGCGCCCCGCGGCCGUGCCCGAAUCGAGCUUCUGAGCCAUGGAUGGGGCAUCACCACCCCCAGCAGCUGUACAGCUGGUCCUGAACGCAUCGGGGAGCUCCCCAAGGUGGGGUGUCCCACCGCAAGGGUGCCUGAACCAGGGAUCCCAAACCAGGAAUCUCCCGACUGGGGGCAUCCCGACCUGGGGGCUCCCAACCCAGGGACCUCUGAGCCGGGGGAAACCAAACCAGGCUCUCCUGAGCCAGGGCUCCCAAAUGGAAUCCUGACAUGGGGGCUCCUGCCUGACCCAGGGCACGCCAGAUCCUGAUCCAGAAGCAUUCCAAACCAGGGCCAUCCCUAGCGGGGGGUUUCGGACCUGGGCUCAUCCCAAAGUGGUGGCUCUGAACCGGGAGUCUCCCUGCGCGGGGCCGUCCCAAACAGGGCAGGCGGGUGCACGGUCCCCAGCUCUGCGGCACCGGAGUAUUUAUUGUACCAGGAGAGUUUUAUUCAGAGACGCUUUUUGUUUUCUAAAAGGCGACUAUUGGGGUGUGGGGGUCCCCCACACCUCGGUCUAUGCAAUCCCCGAUUCCUGCAGCCAGCUUUUGUACGGGGCUCUGCCCCACCGCCGGCGGUUUCUAUUAAAGACACGUGAAACAAA